GAAGGUUCACAACACCAAAAAUAACUCAAAGAAGGUUCUCUGAUACAGAGAUCGCAUCAACCAAAAGAGCUGCAAUUCAAGAUACAUAUGGGUGUAUAAAAUGGGAAGUGAAGUUCUUGCUGCUUGGGGAAACAACAGAGAGCCAACAAGACAAAAAAGAAAAAUUGAAAAAUCUAUUUCUGCAACAAAAUGACGACCUGGAAGAGGAGGAGGUGAGCUCAAUGAUGAAAGGGACUUAUUUCACUCAACGAAAAGAGGUAAAUGAAGGACGAGCAAUACAAGACCUUAGGAAAGACUGGCCUUUUUGGUUUAUGGAAGUGGGAAUGGCUGUCCACCACGGUAGCUGCCAGCAAAAACAGGAAUCUGUGCCAAGCCACAGCCAAGCUUGAAGUCACUAGGGGAGAACACACAGGAUCUUCUGCAGAUGUCGUGGAGAUGGUGUUGCUUCUUCUCACUUACUUUGGUGAAAAGGAGGAGGCCACAUUUUGCCAUGUCGACGAGACCUGUCUGGCCGAAGAAGUGGACUUUUCCAACGUUGCCUUAACUCCCACGAUAGUCAUAUGUGGACAGUCCUGUUUUUCCUCACGAUGGAUGAUGCUCAGCCUUGAUCGGGUCAUCGUGAAUGACCAGAUGACGUCUUUCAUCCAAUCACUGUGCAUGAUGUUUGGCAGUUAUUACUGUUUUAAUAUUCAUUACCCAUCACAGCUCGCAUCCACCCUGGAGUUUCUUCAGAGAUGUUUCUUCUCCAUUAACCCUGAGAAGGGAACCAAAGUGGAGAAGACCAGUACAGCCCACAUGCAGGUCAACCCUCGUGUACUCACUCUGAUCCAAGACCUGUCAGACUACGAGUGGCGUGACGUUUAA